AUGGGCCGAGGCGACAAGUACAAAUGGUCGGCCUGGCAAGACGAUUCCUCGGCCUGGCCAUCUUCAUCUGGUCAGUGGCCCACCAAGGGAGGGGCGAAGUACAAGAAUGGCAAGGGCAGCAAAGGCAAGUGGCAGGACUGGGACUACAACCAGCCCCAGAGCUCCUCCUUCCCGAGCUUCGAAGAAAUGCAGCCACGACAGCCGCGGCAGCCCACCAAGAUGACGGAGGCCAUUGUCAUUCCCGAGGACGAGCCGGAUGCGGGCCACUACGUGAAUGGUGUCCAGAGGGCGCUCAAUGGUGUACGACGAGCUACCAUGAAAGUCCGGAAGCUCGACAAGGAGGCCCAACAGCUGGAUGCCAAGUGGGAAGCUUUCCAGCAGAACUUGCAGGAGUCCUUUGCCCUAGAACGCCGCAAGUAUCGCGACAGGAAGAAGAAGCUGGCCGAGCAGAUGGACGAGAACCUCGAGAUGAAGACGACGGCCUUGGCGGAGCUCAAGGAGGUCAUGGAAAAGAAGAAGCAGACCCCCCAGCCGAAGGAGACCCAGGACCUGGAAGCGAUGGAGGAGCUCCGGGGAUUGCUGCUUACGGCUGGACAGGAGGACGACGAGGACAUAGCAACAAUCCUGAUGGAGGCGUGCCACAAUUCGGACCUCACCAAGGAGACGGCGAGACAGAAUAUCUUGACGAUCCUGGAGGAGCACAAGAAGAAGGAAUGCCCGAGGACGCCGGAAAGCCGUGGAGUGAACCCGGCGCCAAGGACGCCACCGGCUGCUGUCUAUGCCCCGAACAGGACGGCCAUGGAAGUGGACAAGACCAUCGCGGGCAACGAAGGCACCACCCUCAGCGAUCCCUAUUUGACCUCGCCGUCGGGUCCUGGAAUGCUCCCUUCGCCACCCACCAGAGAGCACCGCUCCAAAUCCCGAUCCUCUACGAGAACUCCGAUAAAAUUCGUGGGACGCAAGCCGCACUUGGGAAGGGUGUCCGGCACACCCCUUUCCACGAAACUCUCAGAAAGAAGGGAGGCUGCGAUGGUGAACAUCGCGGAGGACUCGGAGGAAGACCUCAUUGGCCACCUCGAGAAGAAGGAGGCAGCAACACGACUUGGCUGCAGCUCUGUGAUUUUGAACCUCAAUCCGGACUUUUUCGGUCAGUUCCGGUACGAGGAGACCAGAGGCACGGCCCUUCGGGAGGUGCUUUGCCUGGGGCACUAUGAGGGCUGCGACAACGACCCAGCCCGCGACUUGACCGCUUUGUCAGGGGACAACGACGGACAAGCAGAAUGGCCCCACCACAUCAUCUACUACAUGUUGACAGCAGGUUUAUGCGGCUGGUUGAAUGGACUCCAUUUUGUCAUGGGAGGAACAUUGCUCGCGGUCUAUCUAUCAGCUCUCUUUCGAUGCCUUGGACGGAGGAGGCUAGCACGUGGCUGUGCUGGUGCAGUCAAUGCGAAAGCCCUGCUGAUCUUUGGCAUGCUCUCUAUUGCGGAGACUGGACGAACAACGACGAGCCGACCUACGACAAGCCCACCCAGAAAAUGUUGGAGCGAAUACCAGCUCCCUGUCCCUCGACAAACGGACCUUGAACUUUGGACAUCGGGUCAACUCACUGCGAGAGAGCAACAGAUCAGAGCGAGCGACCAAUGGCUGGCGGAGUUACCGCUACAGCACUCUGAAGGAGAAAUCGCGCCUCCGAACUUGACCAUGCCGGUCCACAGAGAAGAGGAAGGACUCCACCUGCUCACUGAAGCAGAAAUGAGGGCUACCCAUAUCUCUGUGUGGAUUGCAUCGCCAUUCUUCGAGGUCGAGGUCCUGGACCUGGGGAUAGCCUUCCCCAUGACUGAGCAAAGGUUUCUGGAUGCUGUGAGAGGGACGACCACGUGUAUGCCGGACUGGGCGGAGACGGUCCUCCCUACGACUCCCCAGGUCGGUCCCUACUACGGGAGCUGUGUCGCGAUCCCACCCUGGAUUCCGGCUGCUGGAAAGUCCGUGCUCGUAAUUGACAACAGGCCGAUAGGAGGACACACGUUCCCCUUCUACCACGAAGGUCUGGUGACCCUGGCAGCUCUCAAAAGGCAGGUCCCCCAAGACGACGAGAACGAGGUCGACUUCUAUGCCUUCGGUGGCAAUCACCCCCUUGGCGAAAUAGGGGUUGACCCGAUCCAAGGAGGUCUGAUCAAAGCUGUUUACAAAGGGGAACCCUGUAAUCGGGCACAACACGUGGUAUACCAAGGUCCUGAAGAGCAACUUGUUUAUGAGGACCUGCCGGGCGCGGAGGAGCACCGAAUCGACUUGGCUCUAAGCCAUGCGGGACGGAGUGUCUACAAGCAGAUAGCGGUAAACCCGGGACCCAGAAGCACUCGAGAAGACGAUCCCUCUGCCACGAUCGUCUUCCUGGAUCUAAGAGGCUUGACACACUUCCCACAGUGGGUUCAGCUCACCGGAGACCUCUUCAAUACGGUUGAGUACUUGGAGGGAAUACAGGUGCCGUCGGUCCCCGGAUGGACUGUGGUCAUUGAGGGCGGCGAAGCGACUGACGACCCGGAGGUGCUCCGCGUUCAAGAUGGCGAGACCUUGAACUUCUUCAUGAAGGCUGACGAGGACCUCACGCCGUCCCCUGCGGCCUCUCAUGAGGAGGACCCGGACGAGGAAGGAUCAAGCGAUGACCCUCCCGAUCCAAUGGACACAAGCGAUGAUUCUGUGGCCCCCCCUCUACCUGACGGGCGACCCCGAGGGCCACCGCCACCAAGGCCUGUCAACCGCAGCCGAUCCCCCCGUCGACAUCAGGAUGACCCACAACAUGCAGAACUCUCGCUGGCAGCUAUGUUACCGAGCCCCACCUUUGAUCUGACCAGGACAGUGCUACAAUGGCCCCACCAGUCUACUGAGCUUAACUCCUGGUUCCAUCCGUGGGGACCGGCCUGGCUGAACUGGAACCUCGAUGGAGUCCGACUACAUCCCACCGCGAGUGAUGCAGUGCAAAGUUCUGUUCAUUGGGCGGACCUCUUGCCGGAGAUCAUGCAAGGAACAGGAGAAUUCCAUAUCUACACCGAUGGCUCUGCGCAGGAGAGUACGGCUAGGAGUGGAUAUGCUGUGGUGAUUCUAGUCAAGGUCGGGGCUUUCGCAGCGGUCCUUGGACUACUUGGUGGCCAGAUCAUGGGCAACACGGCCUCCCCAUGGUAUGCCACGGAAACCCCUGCCCUCUAUGCGGAGCAGGUCGCUUUGGCAUCGGCCCUGCUUUGGGUCCUCCAAGCCCGAGCUAUCUUCCCGAGCAUGAGAUGUCACCUCUUCGUCGACUGCCUCUCUGCUGGAAAUGCAGCUACAGGACAAUGGGAUUCGAUGAACAGGCUUGGAGCCCAGACGAGAGACCUUGAGAUCUUCAUGAGGGAACUUGAUGGCCUGAAGCUCGAUGUGAGCCACAUCAAGAGCCACGUUGGCAACGCUUGGAACGAAUUGGCGGACUGCAUCGCUAAGAGCGCGAUGCAAGGCUGCAGCACAUUUGCUGAAGCCACGGAACCUGCAGUGAGAGCUUUUCUUCAACAAGAUAUAUCAUGGCUGCGGGUUGAAUUGGCCGCUGCACGCACGGGAUCCCUUUGGUUGGAGAAUGGUGGUGUCUGCUGGAACGAGCAGCCCUACCCCCCAUCCGAUCUAACGCCAGGAGAGCUUGUGCCUACAGCUGACCAACUACCUCACCAAGCCAGUGAUCGUCAUGUCGAGUUCUCGAUGCAGACAUGCACAUACAAUGUGCAAGGAUUGGGAGGCAACCACCGCUACAUGGAGGAGCAAUUCGCCCACCAUGACUUCGGGGUGGUCUUCCUCCAGGAGACCAAACAACAAGGAGGACACUGUAACAGCCAGCGGUACUACCGUCUGGCCUCGGACGCCCAAAUUCACUGGGGAACAGCAAUUUGGCUUCGCAGACGUGGAGGCUUUAUCAGUGUUAAUGGCGACCCAGUGAUCCCGGCAAAGGAAAACAUCAAGGUGAUCCACCAGGAACCCCGGAUGCUUGCUAUUGCAAUCCAAAUUGGACGGAGCAGGCUUGGACUUAUCUCCGCCCAUUGCCCGCAUGCCUCAAAGUCUCAAGAACGUGAUCUAUUCAUGCAGCAAUUUGAGAAACUAUGUGGUCGCCUUCGAGAUUGCUCCCUCCUCUUGUGUGGAGUUGACCUCAAUGGGAGAGUGCCACCCAAUCAACCACAAGUGACGGGAGCCCUCGAAGCUGAAGAACCAGACGCAACUGGCAGACGCUUUGUAGAGAUCCUCGGCAACAGCGGUGUCUGGAUUCCCUCCACGUUUCCGACACUGCAUGAGGGGACCACCACCACUUAUGUGCACCCCUCUGGCACCGAGAGUCGCAUUGACUACAUUGGAGCAGGAGGUCGAGCUCGAAUAGUGGAAGCGAGAAGCUGGGUCUGCAGCGACAUUGACAACUGCAGCCCGAAUGAGGAUCACUCUGCGGUCGCUCUACAAGUUUGUGGGCAGCUCCCUCUCCAAGGUGACGGCCGGCGACUUCGAAAAGAACGUUUCGAUGUUGACAAGCUGUGGACAGAAAACGGCCGCAAGGAGCUUACGAUGGCAUGCGAGUCCUUUGUUCAGCCAUCCUGGCAAGAACACCCCGACCGACACUGCCAAAACAUCCAGCAGCACCUGGUUCAGCACCUUCGACACCACUUCGGACAGCAGCCCACCCACGGCCGUGCCUCCUACAUUCCAGAGGAGGUAUGGACUCUCCGACAGAGGAAGAAUUGCCUUCGCUGGCGGUCACGGGAAAGAAGAACUAUCUGGCGUCGGCUGCAACGACUGGCAUUCCAGCGAUGGAAGCAUGGCGAAAGUGCGGCAGACGAGGCGACAUGCUGGGCACAGGCCACCAUCUACGAAGUUGUCGCUGCUGCCAUACGAUUCGCCACCGGGCGGAUCAAAAGAAUCAUAGCCCAAGCAAAGGACGCCUUUCUACGAGGAGUAGCUGCCGAAGGACACCAAGGAGUCUCUGCUAUAAUGCAGCGUGUCAAGGCUGCUGGUCUAGGAGCAAAGGCAAAGAGGUCUUUUGGCAGAACGUUGCCUAGACUCCUCCACCCCCGUACUGGUGUGGAGGCAGCAAGCGCUACAGACCGUGAUGACUUGUGGUUGGAAUACUUUGGUGCGCAGGAAGAAGGUGUUGUGAUGUCGACUGACACUUUCAUCAAGAGAUGUUCAGAGUGGAAGGAGGAUCGCAAUUUUGACUGGAACUGGAAUGAUCUUCCCAGCGUCCGCGAGAUUGAAUCAGUCAUGCGGCGGACCAAGCGAGGGAAAGCUCCAGGGUUGGAUCAACUACCUAGCGACAUCUUUGCAGCGUGUCCAGCUGCGUUGGCGCGUCUGUACCACCCACUGUUUGUCAAGACACUCCUCAACGGCCGACAGCCACUCCAGUGGCGUGGAGGGGUGCUGUACGAAGCCUACAAGCGAAGUGGCCAUGCUUGGCUACCUGAAAACCACCGAAGCCUCUACAUUUCCAGCUUCGCUGGCAAAGCCCUCCACAAGGCCAUGAGAGCUAAAACGGAGGCCGGUGUCAAUGCCCUGUUGCACCCGCUCCAUUGUGGUACACGACAAGGGCUACCGGUCCUCUAUCCAUCCCUUUAUGUCGUGACGCACCUCAGGAGAUGUGCGCAGGGCAAGCGCAAUGCAGCAGCUGUCUUCAUAGACACAAGAGCUGCCUACUACAGGGUGGUAAGAGAACUGGUGGUCGGUGACCUUCGGUCGGACCAUGAUGUUGAGAAACUCUUUCACAGAUUUGGGUUGGAUGGCGACGAUGUGAAGGAGAUGCUCCAAUUGAUCCGAGAAGGCGGGAUGAUGACGGUAGCAGAUAUUUCCUCUCCGGUCCAGGCUGCAGCCCGCGACUUCUUGAAGUUCACAUGGUUCAGUACCCGCUUCACCAGAGGAGACCGCAUUUGUGAAGCUGCAGCCGGAUCGAGGCCAGGUGCGUCGUGGGCCGAUUGCAUAUUUGCAUUCUUGUAUGCCAGAGUUCUCUACAAGAUCCAGGAGGUGAUUUCGGGUGAGGACCUUGGAGUGGUACUACCGUGCAACAUGGAUGCCGGACCAUUCGAAUGCCACCCAGAACAACGAGCGACGUGCCUGACGGAGCUCAUGGACUCUACUUGGGCAGAUGAUUCUGCGUACAUUUUGGAGGAUGAGUCACCGAGAGGACUUCUACUCCGAACGCAGAGGGUCUUGUCGAUCGUGCUGACGACAUUUCGCAGCCAUGGACUCGACCCGAACCUAAAACGGCACAAGACCAGCAUGGUACUACGACUUUGUGGCCCUGGAUCCCGAGCAGCCCGACACGAAUUCUUUGGUAGUGGAAAAGCUGUUUUGAAGAUUCCGGACUUGGGCGAAGAGGUACAUGUGGUGCUGCAUUACAAACACCUGGGUGCAAUGCUGGAUGCAACAGCAUCCAUGAAACAGGAAUGCAGGCACCGCACUGCCCUGGCCACAGCAGCAUAUGAGGAUGCCAAGGACCUCCUGCUGCAAAAUCGAGCAGUUUCGCUACCAACCCGGACGGACUUGUACCAGACUGCUGUUGUUUCGACCUACCACAACCUUGCCCUAUGGGUGCCGGAAGGUGAAACAUGGCAAAAGCUUUGUGAUGGCUUUUCGAGAAUUACCAGAAGGCUUCUGCACCAUUCGAUGCGGCCAGAAGAUCUGUGGAGACUGCCCCCCCCGUUGGUGCAUUGGACCACUGGAUGCUGGCCAUUGCCUUUCUUUGCUCGGCGAGCCCGACUGUCCCUCUUGACUGCCUUAGCCCGGAAUGGACCUCCACCAUUGUGGGCAAUGUUGCAGCUCGAAGGAACAUGGUGUGAGGUGCUUCGAGAGGACUUGAAAUGGCUCAUUACGGGGGCGCCUGAGGGGUGGCCCAAAGUGAAUGAGAGCGAGUGGCCUACCUGGGUACAUCUCAUGAGGGACUGCCCGGCCAGAGUCAAACGUCUGACCCGGAAGCGAUUGUGCGAGGACUUCCAGAGCUUCAAGGAGAACGCUAUCCUACGUGCAUGCCAUUGGCAGAUGUACCGGGAUGUAGCUGAAGAAGAAAGCACACCCCAUGGAGGGGUGAUUUGGCUUUGCCGCAUUUGCGACAGGACCUACCGGAACAAGGCUGCCCUUGGAGUUCACUUCUUUAAGGCCCAUGGACGAUGUGCCGAGUACCGCAGCUAUGUCGAAGGUACCCUGUGCAGGGCGUGCAACAAGGAGUUCUGGACAUCAGGACGCCUGGAGGACCACCUCAGGGCCGCGAAGAAGUGCUUGCGUGUUCUACAGAAGCGAUUCCAGCCUCGGCAAACGGUGUUGCCAGGAUAUGGAAGCCGGCGGAGGAAGCAAAAUGAAAUCGAGAAGUUCACCCCAGCUGCCCCGACCCAGCUGGACGAACCUCUACCUUCUGAGAGCAUUGACGCAUGGAGUUGGUGGCAAAAGCGGGCGCACGAACUGCUAUGUGACACCCUCCUGGAUGACUUCAGUGAGGUUGACCUUGAGCAACAGGUACGAGCGGUGAUUGCCAAACACCCCCUCUACCCGGAGGAGAUCCAGCAGAUGCUUGAGUUCUUGACCAGCGAGGUCUCUGAAAUUCAUGCGGUGAAGGAGCUGGAGCAAUGGAGUGACUCUGAGUUCUCUUCUAUCCUCCAGGCCUUGCGGAACAGUGUUGAGCCUACAGCUCUCCACCUCCCCCAAGAGCCCGCCAAGUACACUCUCUCGAACCGCGACUUUGAGUGUCUUGCCGAUUCAUACAAGUGGAGCGAGGCCAUUUCGAGCUUUGCGCAGUCCCACGUGACCCAACUUGGCUCACUGCACCAACUGGACGAUAGCUGGAGAGCUGUAUGGUGUCGUACCAGUAGUGAGUCAACUAGUACAGCCGUGGCACUGAAUCCACUCAGUUCGCUCCCUGUAACGCUGCAGCAGCUGUGGAAGGAGUUUGUGGGCGGAGCCUCACCUACUCUGCGAGCGCCGGCGAGUUUUUGGGAGCAUCCGGUAUCGAGGCCAUUUUGGCCCUUCCGGGACGAUUUGCACUCUAAUUAG